AAACAAACAGGCCCUAAAGAAGAGAAGAGAAGUUUUAUUCUCCGUAGCCUCUUUCUUCCUUGUUGAUAAAUUUCAUCUUCAACUCCACGCCGUCAAGAGUCAAAAUAUCUUCUCUCCAUCGCCGCCGCCGCCGGAAAAUCCGUUGCUCCGGGCCCUUCGAAAAAAUGUCUGGACCUAGGCUUGCUCAUGCUACUUUGAAGGGACCGAGUGUUGUGAAGGAGUUAGUGAUUGGAUCUGUGCUAGGGUUGUUUUGUGGUGGCUUGUGGAAGAUGCAUCACUGGAAUGAACAGAGGAAGACUAGAGCUUUCUACGAUUUGCUAGAGAAGGGUGAAAUCACAGUCAUUGCCGCAGAGCAAUGAAUUUCUGGUUUUAUAAUAAUUUUUCCAUGAACAGUUUGUGAUUUGAUUGCAGUUGUAAUCUCUGUUUCUGAUCGAAAAACAUAUAACUUCUUGAAUCCCGUUUGAACUUUGGGAAAGAUUCUUAAGUUUAAUGCUGAGAAAAGAAUAAGCUUUUGUAUGGAACAACAACCACCAUAUUCUUCUGCAUAUAUUUUUGUUUUUGGCAAGUUU